UGUCACACAAGUUCUUGUCUUCGGGGAGGCAAAGGUCGUGUAGGGUUGAAGGUUCAUCCAUGUAAGCUUCCUUCACCCUGACGAAGGCGAAGGCGAAGGCGGUAGGCCGCGAGCCAAGGCUGCGCCGGCCAGCUGCGAUAAGACCUCACGCCUACAUAUCUGAGCCAUGGCAAACCCUGCCAUGCAAGCUUUCUUUGCCAGCCUUUGCCACGAUGACGAUUGUUCAUAGAGUGCCGAUCAUUGACAUCGCUGCCUACAUCCAACCAACAGCCUCUGCAGCGGACAAGACUAAAGUCAUCCAGGCAGUAAAGGAAGCUUGCUCUCAGUAUGGCUUCCUACAGGUCAAAGGACAUGGCGUCCCGCUGGAAGCACAACAGAGCGUGCUUCAAUGUUGCAAGACCCUUUUUGACCUGCCACAGGACCAGAAAGAUGCAUUGUCGUUAAAGACCAGCCCUGCUCGGAGAGGCUACGAACGCAUUGGGAGCCAGGUGCUAGAUGCUAAAGCGCUCCCGGACUGCAAAGAGGGCUACUAUGUAGGCCGUGAGGUUGCGCCGGACAACGUCGGCUUCAUGCGAGGACCUAAUCAAUGGCCGAACCUCCCAGAGCCGGUGUUCCACGAGCCGGUAACGGCGUACUGGCAACACAUGCUCAGUCUAGGUCAAGCCCUGCUUGAAAUGCUUGCCAUCGGCCUAGGUCAUGACGUAUCGACUCUAAGAGACUUCACCAAGGAGCCUGUGAUGAAUCUCAAGCUCCUUCACUACCCUCCGCACCUCUCUAGAGACGAACGGCAAUUUGGCGCAGGUGCGCAUACAGAUUUCGGCAGCAUCACAAUACUCUUGCAACAGCCUGGAAAGCAUGGUCUGCAAGUCUUCUACGCGCCGACUCAAGAAUGGCUCUCCGUACCUGCGCUAGAAAAUGUGUUCGUCGUGAACAUGGGCGACCUCAUCCACAAAUGGACUGACGGUGAGUAUAACAGCACGCUUCACCGUGUUAUCAACGCCAGCGACGGAGACCGAUACAGUGUCCCAUGCUUCUAUCAGGGCGACUUGAACGCGACGAAUCCCUUCAAGCCUGGUGCAGGUGAUGAGACUGUGGAAGAGCACAUCAGACGAAAGUUUGAUAGCUCGUAUGGACUGUCUGCCAAGUAACAAUAGCCUUAGACACUCUUCGCCAUUCAAGGCUAAAGAGGAUUACUCAUGUUGAUACACCCGCAAAAUCCAGAGGGGCAUCAACCCAACUUCACCGC